AUUCGCUCUACAUUGGGAUUGGCGCCCUAACUAUUCACUCCGCAGAAUCAAUCAAUUCUUUCAAAAGAAAUGUGAAAGAGAUCUGCUUCCUUGUUCUCUGGAUCAUGGGGGUGAAGAAUCUGUGGGAUAUAUUGGAAUCCUGCAAGAAAACCCUACCCCUAAACCAUCUCCAGAACAAGAGGCUGUGCGUUGAUCUCUCUUGCUGGCUUAUUCAGUUUCAGAAUGCAAGCAGGUCGGCGUGUGCGAAGGAGAAGCCCUAUCUUAAAACUCUUUUUCACAGGCUUAGAGCGCUCAUUGCCUUGAAUUGUAGCCUCAUUUUUGUCGCAGAUGGAGCUAUCCCUUCUAUUAAAUUAUCCACUUAUAGACGUCGUCUGGGUUUAGUUUCCGAGAUUUCCAAUGAUGACAGAACUUCAGAAGCCAUGACUUCACUCCGUAGAAACAUGGGUUCUGAGUUCUCACGAAUGAUUAAGGAGGCUAAAGUUCUUGGAUUGGCACUGGGUAUCCCUUUUUUAGAUGGGAUUGAAGAGGCUGAAGCACAAUGCGCACUUUUUAACUCAGAAUCCUUAUGUGAUGGUUGUUUCACUUCUGAUUCAGACAUCUUCCUCUUUGGAGCCAGGACAGUGUAUCGAGAAAUUUUCUUAGGUGAGGGAGGUUAUGUAAUUUGCUAUGAUAUGGUGGAUAUAGAGAAGAAACUUGGCUUUGGAAGAAAUUCACUGAUUGCAUUGGCUCUCCUCCUUGGCAGUGACUACUCUCAUGGAGUCUAUGGCUUUGGUCCUGAAACAUCUUGCCAGCUCGUUAAAUCAAUUGGAGACAUUAACAUUCUGCUAAGAGUUAAGUCAGAGGGAUUAGCGUUUGCAGAAAAGAAGUCCAAAGCGAAAGCGACUGUUAAAUCUCUAAAUUGCAACUUCGAUAAGGAAAAUCUUAUAUGCUACAAACAACCUAAUGCGGAACGUGAGAAGAAACUGGAACCAAAUGACAAUGUACUAGAGAUUAUAAAUGCUUAUCUAAAACCAAAAUGUCACUUACCUGAUUCAGAAGUUGUGCAGAGUGCAUGCACAACACAUCCUUUUCAAAGGGGAAGGCUUCAACAAAUUUGUGCUAUAUCAUUUGGAUGGACCCCUGAGAAAACUGAUGAAUAUAUCCUUCCUAAGAUUGCCGAGAGAGAUCUCAGACGGUUUGCGAAUCUGCGGAACACGCCAUCUGAACCUGGAGCAAAUAUUCCAUGGCACAAGAUGCCAGUGCCCUGCCCUGUAACUGCAAUUGUUAAGCAACGGAAAUUACAAGGAAGAGAAUGCUUUGAAGUUUCUUGGCAAGAUAUGUAUGGACUUCAGACAUCUAUUGUCUCUGCUGAUCUAAUUGAAAGCGCCUGCCCUGAAAAAAUUGCAGAGUUCAGAGAGAAGAAAACUAUGGUGAAGAAAAGAAUUACUAGAAAACAAAAACCAAAAAUGGAUUCAAAUGUUGAUCUUAACAAAGUUGAUUUCCAGCUUCAAGGCCUGCUCCUUGACACAGAACCACAGAGCUAUACCCACCACCAGCCCAGUAGUUCCUCCCAGUUUCUUCAUGACAUUGGAGCUGAGAUUAUUGAUCUGUCGUCUCCUUCGCCUCCACUCCGGGCCUGUAAACUUGCGAGAUCACAUGAAGCUAUUGACCGGCAAAUGAAAAUGAUUGAUUUGUGCGAGACGGACGGCGAGGUUUCGUCGCCGGAGCAUGAGAGAAAGGCGAGAGAGCUGAGAUUGUUUAUAGAAAGUAUCAGAGGGGAUCUUUAGGGGGGUGUUUGGUAGCAUAGUUUUAAUAGGAUAUAGGCAUGGAUUUCGACAAAUCCAGCUAAACACCAACAACACUCUAUUAAGCCAAGAUUUCUCACUUUUGGUCUUUGUUCCUCGCAUUCGUCUCUUCUAUGAAUCCAAUCCGGAUUUAUUAAAUCUGAUUGCAGGACUGAUUUAAGGGAUUCACUCUCGUGAGCUCCAUCUCCAUCUCAAAGGGUUUGAUAAAUGCAAACUCAAGUUGCAGUCAAACACCGCCUUAGGGUUGGGAGUGGUUAGGAAAAUAUUUAAUGGUAUGUGAGUUUGGUGGAAUUGGCCUUCAUUACUUUCAUAUGAUAUUGCAUUUGUACCCUUUGAAUGUUUAAA